UUAGCGUCGAUCGGCGAGGAAAAGAAUUGAUCUAAGGAAUAUUCAAAUUUGGAUUUUUUUCUAUUAUCAUUAUCACAGUUUAUUGACCAGUGUGAUGUCAUUCAAAAUGAAUAGUAGUCAUUGGCAAUUAAUGGUUUGUUUUAUGGAACAACAUGAUGCUUUUGCCAAAGGUAAAUUCGCUGGACCUACAGGAAAAGCAAUGCAUAGAAAAUUGUGGGAGCGUUUGUCAGCCGAGUUGAAUGCCUUAGGAUUUGGUAGUCGUUCUGUGGAGAAAUGGCAAAAGACUUGGGCUGAUAUAAAGUAUAAUGUGAAAAAGAAAGCUGCAAAUAAUAAAAAAGAGUAUGCUAGAACCGGAGGAGGCCCAGAUAAGGAAACACCUUUAACUGAUUGGGGAAUUAAAAUUUUAGGCAUUUUGGGAACAACAUUCUUCGAAGGUGUUGAUAGUAGUGAGUGUGGGGUCCCUCAAGAAUCUCAAGAUAACCAAAUAGUUAAUGACAUUCAGAUUGACAAGUUCACAGAGAAUGAAUUAUUUCAUGUAAGCACUUCACAAGUUCAACAGAUGGUUCAGCCACAGGUUUUGGUUCUAGAUGGACCAAGAGAAAUAUUAUCAAAAUACUCUGGCAGAUCUCAGGUUCAACAAAGUGAGUCCCAAGAUAAAUUAGGAAACACUCUAAAGAAGUCAUCAGAAAACAGAAAAAUUAUCCAAGAUGCAAAUCAUGACCAUGAAUACUUACCAAAGGCAAAGAAAAAAAAAACACAGGCAGACUUCGAAAAUGAAGUAUUUCAGGAAACACUGAAUGAAUUAAAAUUGAUUCGCCAAGACAUACAUGGUGUUAGAGAAGCCAUGGUAGAAAUCAGUAAUACACUGAAAUAUUUUUUGCCAAAAAUGGGACCAACC